CUUAACUCUGUGACGGAAGCAUUGCUUUCUUUAUAAGGUUCUGGAUUUGAAAGACUUUGGGAGCUGCUUCUAGUCAGCCACGGAUUGACAUUUAACAGCGGAAACUACAAAGAUAAACCAGUAAUAGAAAAAACACACAUAUCCAAUGGAGUCCGGUGCAGAAUCCAGCGUGCAUUAUGACCGCUGGAGCGAGUCUAACAUCAACAUGAACGUGGAAGCGUCACAGAGCACCUCCAGAAGGAUCUACAACAGAGUUUGCACUGGGAGCACUGGGAUCAUAAUGAAGUCAGCAGGAGCCUUGGCUGCAAUGGUGGUUAUUUACAUAAUAGGUUACGUGACAGGUUACUACGUCCAUCGGUGUCCGAUGUAAAGGCUCUGUCAGAAGAGAGGGUUUCUGGAAAUUUUGUGAAAUUGUACUUUGAAUGAUUGUGUUGUAUUGAUGACUGUAUGCAGAUUACAAAAUGAAGAGAAUUUUAUCACCUGACUUCAGUUAUGAAAUCAAAGAGAUUGUCAAGAAAAUGGGAAAUAAAGGAAGGAAAUUACAG